GGGUCUAAUGUCUCGGUGAUCACAUGAUUUGUGGCAACAAGUGGACUGUUUCGACAUUUCCCAUUACCAAUAACAGCUUUCAGUUGUCAGUUUAGAAAUGGGAAAGCCAAAACGACAACGGAUCAAUUCCAACUCCAACUCCUCCGGGUGGCAAAUCCCUAGUGAGGUGAAAUUGGGGAAAAAUCGAAAUUGAUCAGUCUAGUAAUAAAUGGCACCCGACUACAUUUUCAGCAAGACCCUCCGAUCCGCAUUUUCCCGUUUGUUUUGCAGAUAUCGGCUCCCGGUGGAAGCUCUUCAAAGUCGGUGGUUUUGUACAAAAAGACUGACCAGCACCAGCAGCAGCUCCGAUGAUUUUACAGUCUCCUACCUGGUUAACUCAUGUGGGCUUUCCCCAGAAGCCGCCAUUGUAGCAUCCCACAAGGUAAAGCUUCAAUCUUUAGUAAAACCAGACUCUGUGUUAGCCCUUUUGAGGGAGUAUGAAUUCUCGGGCACCCAGAUUUCAACUCUUGUGCGGAGACACCCUAGAAUUCUGUUGGCCGAUGCCAAGAAAACUCUUGCGCCGAAGCUUGAGUUCUUCUGCUCCGUAGGAAUGUCAAGGCUCGACCUUGCAAAAACUGUGACCCACAGCCAAUCGAUCUUGGACCGAAGCUUAGAAAACCAUAUUGUGCCCUCUUUUAAUUUGCUCAAGGAUGUGGUGCACUCUGAUGUCAAGGUCCUCGGUAUUUUGAAGUGCAACCCAUGGAUUUUCAGGCAAAAGCUAUCCAAGACUAUGAUGCCCAAUAUUGAGCUUCUGAGAGCAUUAGGCAUGCCCCAGUCGUCUAUCGCUAGGUUGAUAACAUAUUAUGUUCAGAUUGUGAUGAAAGAGCCUGAAUCGUUCAGUCAACUUGUGGGUGAAGUCGAACAAUUGGGAUUCGACCUUAGAAAGACGUUCUUUGUGCAAGCCAUGCUCGCAUUAUCUGGGAAGAACAAGACGACAUGGAAGCGAAAUGAAGAGGCUUAUAGGAGGUGGGGUUGGUCGGAUAAUGAUAUUCUUUCUGCCUUCAGGUUGUAUCCACUGUGCAUGACCAAGUCUGAGAAGAAACUAAUGGGAACAAUGGAUUUCUUAGUGAACAAGAUGGGAUGGCAUUCCCAGAAGAUUGCAAAAUGUCCCCAUGUUUUGUGUUUCAGUUUUGAGAAGAGAAUCAUCCCAAGGUUUUCGGUUGUUAAAGUUUUGAUGUUGAAAGGACUGGUAGAAGGGGAAAAGUUGAGUUUGUCUACUAUUGUUGCGAUUCCAGAAAACUACUUCUUGAAUAAGUUUGUGACCACUAAUCUGCGCCUAGUACCUGAAUUGUUAAAUGUGUACCACGGCAAAGUGGAUGUGCAGGAUGUUUGAUCUUGGUGACACUAUUACAUAGCUCUAGGCUUGUAGUGUUGAAUCGGGAGGCAUUGCUAGAAGAAAUGGAAGCAGCCUUCUAUCUAAGUCGGGAUUUUGGAACAGGCCUGAAUUGUUCAGUCAACUUUUGUGGAAGAGGUCAAACAAAUGGGAAUUGACACUCAAAAAUCGAUCUUCGUCAAGGCCAUACAUGCAGUAUCUGGGAAGAAACGUGGAAGCGAAAUCAAGAGGCUUAUAGGUAGUGGGGUUGGUUUGAGAAUGAUAUUCUUUCUGCCUUCCAGAUAUGGCCGCUGUGUAUGACUAAGUCAGAGGAGAAAAUAAUGGAAACGAUGGAUUUCUUACUAAACAAGAUAGGGUGGCAGUUGGCGAAAAUUGCAAAGUAUCCCCAGAUUUUUUGUUACAUCUUGGAGAAGAGAAUCAUACCAAGGUGUUCGGUUCUUAAAGCUUUGUUUCUAAAAGAAUUUGUAGAACAGGAGAAGAAGGGAAGCUUGAUCAAAACUGUGAAAAGCUCAUUGGUUUUGUGGUCAAUACUGUGAAAAGCUCAAUCGUUUUGAGUAUUGACUAGAAAGGGAUUUCCAUAUCGUCUCUGCCUUACAUUCACUUCGUUCAUUACAGAAAAAUGAUUACUUCUAAUCAUUGUCUCGGUCUUGACUUAAAAAAGAGGUUUCUAAUAUUUCAUGUUUUUGUUACAUUAUUUGAUCAGCAGCAUGCAAUUGAAUAUGUCCUGUGUCAUCAUUGCUUCCCCCAGUGUCCCUAGAUUACACAUUGGUUUUCACAGGAAUAACACUGGGAAGUACUGAUGGUGAGCAUCCGAUGAAGAAGUUAUAUAGUCUUGACGUUGUGUAGCUCAAAACAUAGUUGGAAGAGCAUUGUACUGUGUCUUGUAUCUUUUUGAUUUGCUAUGAAUUUACUUACUUA